UGUAAAGGAAGUAGGAAAAAUCAACAUCAAAACUGAUGUAUGCUCUAAAUGUGUGACUCGAUGUUUUUAUUUUGAAAUCAUGACUUCGAAACCUAAAGCCUCAAGUCGGAUCGAAUAUGAAAUUUCAAGGAGCAGAGAUGAAUCUAAUUGGAAAAAAGUGGCGGAACUUGCCGAACAAUUAAACCAAAGAAGUUCAGGAUUUGAUGUGCUAGUAAAUUUUCUUAUUGGAGAAUGCAAAUUGGAACAAUUUCUUGAAGAAAGCCCCCCUAUUGAAAGUAACAUCUCAAAAGCAAAAACUGGAUUGACUGAAGCAAAGAGAUAUUUGCAGACAUGUAUUAGUGAACAAGGUGCUAAGCUAGGUGUUAUGCGAGAUGCUCAUUUACUUCUUGCAAAGCUGUUAUAUGCGCAAGGGCUGUAUGAAGAUGCGCUUUCUCACUUGAAUAAAGGUGGGUUGGAUAGUCUGACUGAGAAGCAGCUGAGCAAUCGCAUUAUGAAAGUAGUUGCAGAGUCUUUUGCUUUAAAAGGCUUAUGUUUAGAAAAAGUACCUCCUACUUCAACUAGCAAGUAUAAGACUGCAGAAAGGGAAGAGCAAAUCCUCCAGUGCCUAGUUAAGUCUGGAGAUUUAACUUUAAGGUAUUUGCAAGAAAUGGAGCGUACACAAGGAAACACAGGGGGUACUGUUCCUCAGCUUAUGUCUGGAACAAAUCCUCCUACUUCUGGAUCACCUCUGCCUCCAAAUACAGAGUAUCGCAUUGGACCUAUUCUGGAAACUGCUUUACAAAGAGCCCCAAUUCUGUACAUUAAAAAUGGGAAGCUUAGAAAUGCUAUCGAUCAGUACAGAAAAGUUUUAAGUGCCAUUGAAACCAGUUCAACACAGUCUUUACGUCAGACAAUGUCUCGUCAGUUGGCUGAAGUUCUCAUACGGGGAGUUUCAGAAAAGAAUUAUGUUGAUUAUGCUCUGAGACAAGAAGGAAAAAAUCCUGAAAGCCCCUGGAAACCUAAGAAAUACAUGGGUGUAAAUUUAUUUGCCCCCAAAGAUGAAAAUGAAGAAAUUUUACUGCUGCUGUUUAUCAGUGAAGCUAUGGCUGUUAGAAAUGCAGUUUUGGAUUUAUCACCAGAAUUCCGAGAAGCAAGAAUACACUCAUAUAAUAAUGUAACUGCAGUCUAUGAUUUGCUGACUAUAUGCCUUUGUAGGAGAUCUCAGUUUAAUAUUUUAGUAGAAUCUUUUGAACGUGCCAUGAAGUUUGCAUUUGAUGAACAGCAUGUGUGGACCCAAUUUGCUUUGUCAUUAAUAUCAUCUGGUAAAUACAACAGAGCCUACUUAGUGCUUCAUGAAGUUGCAAGAUUACAGCCCAAUAAUUCAUUGCCAUGUGUAUUGGCCGCUAGAUUGUGUUUUGAAAAUUUAGACCUUCCAGAUAAAGGCUUAAAAAUGGCAGAAAAAGCUUUAGAAAGGGAAACUGCUCAUCCACAGAAUUUAUUGGCUCGGUGUCAUGUUGCAGUUGGCUUAGGUCAUGAACUGAUGUCCAACAUUUUCAGAACUCAGGUAGCACAACGAGAUCUGCGAAAGAAAGCAUUCGAAUCAUUUUCCAAGGCUGCUAGCAUUGAUCCAAAUGACCAUCUACCUGAAUUUUUCUUAGCUCUACAUUAUGCUCAGGCUAGGCAGUUAUCUGAAGCUGUUUUACAUGCAAAAAUGGCUCUACAUCUUAGAGCUGAGCAUAUACAUUCAUUGCACCUUCUAGUACUACUUUUAUCUGCUCAGAAACAGUAUUCUGAAGCUUUGCAGUUGAUUGAAGCUGCAUUAGAGGAGUAUCCAGAUAAUUUUAAUUUAUUAUGUACAAAAGCUCAUUUGGAAGAACACUGUAUUGGACCAGAAGUUGCUUUGCUUACAAGUAAGCAAAUGUUACAGUUGUGGAAAAUUGUAUAUGAAAGCAAGUCUACAGCUGAUAUUGCAUCUAAUGGUCUGACACGAGUUGCAAGUGACAGCAGAAGUAUAUUCCAGAUUUACUCAUCUGAAUUUUCAGAUGUAGACUCAGGCUCUCCAGCUGGAAAUACUUGUACUGCGGCGGCAAGAGUGGAGCAAGCUUUGUCUGAAGUUGCAUCUUCAAUUAGUGGUUUUCAGCCAAAGCCAGGUCCUCAGUAUGUCUGGUUAUUACAGCUGCAUAUUUGGUUGCUAAUAGUAGAUUUGUAUCUUCGACUUGGUCAACUGAAAGAAGCUGAAGCAUCAAUUAAUGAAGCAAAUGCAUUGUUUCCUUUAUCUCAUCAGCUUAUGGUUAUGAAAGGACGAAUUCAUGAGUGUAGACAAGAAUACAAUGAAGCAAAGCUAUGUUUCCAGAAUGCUGUUUCUGUCAAUCCAUUUCAUGUUAAAGCUCUUCAACAUUUGAGCAUGGUUCAUCAUACUUUGGGAAACAGUAGGCUGGCUGAAAAACUUCUCAGAGAUGCUGUAACUAUUGAUCCUAUGUCUCACCAAUCAUGGUUCAACAUGGGUAAGAUUCUACAAGAUAUGGGUGAUUAUGUAACUUCCAGUGAAUGUAUUUCUACUGCAAUUGAACUAGAAGCCACUUGUCCUAUUUUACCAUUUAGUAACAUUCCACGGACAUUUGAAUAGGAACUUUUGAAUUGUAACUAAAUUGUGAAUUUAUGAGCUCUGUUAAUUAUUGUAGACUAACUUUAAUAUCUUCAACCUGUUAAAAGUGAAGAUGUUGAAACAAUUAAUUUUCCUUUUAAAGUAGCAAUUUAAUUGCAGUUGCUGAGAUAUCUUUUCCCAGUGGGAAAAUAUGAAUUUGAUCUCAAUAUCUGUAUAAAUUGUAAGCUGUAACAUUUUAUAUAGUUAAAGAUUAAUUGAAAUGUAAAUCAUAAUUUUUACUUAAUUAUAUUAUUAAUUUGAAAUGUAAGUUAACAUUGGUAAUGUUCAAUAUGUAAGAAAUUAUUAUUUAAAUAUGUUGGUCAUUCAAUGGUUUUAUAUAAUUUUAGUAUGUAUAUUUAGUAAUAUUUUUACUGCAUUCCUGAUCUAGUGUGUGCAUAUAUAAAUGUCCUUUAAAAUAUAAGUAUAGUAUAUUUAUAUAAUGAGUACCUUUUUAUGGGAAUAGUGUACAAAACUUUUUCAUGUUAUGUCCAAUAUAUAUUUUUAAAGGCCAGAGUUCAUUAUUUAAUUGAAUACACAAAUGCAGUUCAGGUUUUGAAAAAUUUCAAUUAAAAGUAUGAUCUCAUCAUUUUCCCCCUUGCAUAAGUGUUUUUAUUAAAUAUUUUAUUCUUCUUCCUAAGAAAGAAUCUUUAUAAGAAAUAUUGCUCAUCUUUGUAUAGUGUAUAUUUACUGUAAACUGUUGCUGAAAUCAAUGGAUUACCAAAAUGUAUUUGUGAAAUCAAAGAGUAAGUGUUUUUUAUUUUACUGUCAUUUGUUGAUGAGUAAAAAAUACUAUCACACUAGAAUGUGUGAAAAAAAUUGAUAAAAAUAAAGGUCCUAUCCAUAAAGAGCAAAAAAUUUGGUCUCUUCUAAGCCAUAAAUUUAUAUUCCCCAUAAAGUUAACUUGAGACUUCCAUCCAUGUAAAGUGUGAUUCCGUUUAGAUGUUUUGCAGUGGAAUUGUGUUAAACAAAAUUACUUAAGAUUUGAUGGAGCUUAUUUUAUUUUCUGAGAUUAUACUGAUGUAAAAAUUUAAUGUUUUCCUUCAUGUUAAGUAUUUGUAUAGAUUUAUGUGUAUAUAGAGAAAUGUUGUUUAAUAAAUCAGAUAUUUUACUGUUUUGGAAAA